AUGUCGUCGUCAAGUUCGAACAUUACAGAAACUAUAUUUAUUCAACAAACUACUAUUAUAUUCGCAAGAAUUUGGUGUUAUUCGAUUAUUAUUUUGGGUAUUAUCGGUCAUAUGUCAAGCAUUUAUGUAUUUACACGUCCAUCAUUUCGUUCAAAUUCAUGUAUAUGGUACUUUUUUGGAGCCACCAUUAGCGGUAUAUGUGUUGUUACUAUCACUAUACCCAUACGAUUAUUACAGGCUGGUUAUAAUAUCAAUCUUUUGGCUAAUUCCUUGGUAGUAUGUAAAGCAAUUACAUUAUUAUUAUUACAAUGGGCUAGAGGGCAAAGUGCAUGGUUUACUGCUUUAGCUUCUAUUGACAGAUUUUUAUGUAGUUCAUCUUCUGCAACAUUGCGUAGUUUUAGUAGUCUUCAUGUUGCUCGUCGUAUUAUUCCUCUUGCAAUAUUAGUCGUUGAUAUCAUUUAUAUUCAUGUACCUAUCUAUUUUCAAAUUAAUAUACGUCAACAAACGUGUAUUCCACUGCCAGGCAUCUAUCAAACGUUUUACGGCGCAUGGAAUUUAAUUGUAUAUAGCAUAGGUCCACCAUUUAUAAUGCUUUAUUUCGGUAUACGUACUGUUCAAAAUAUUCGUCAAUCGAUUAGACGUGUUGAAAUAAAUAAUUUACCAAUUCAAAAUCUGCAACAACGUCACAAACAAGUGUACCUUCUGUACAAUUUAUUUAUACAUCAGUACGGUCAAAUAUAA